AUGUGCACAGCUGGCCGCCCCCCCACCCCGCCCCAGCCCGCUCCCACUGCCCACAGCUGGGAAAUCCGCCUCAGUCCGAGCCGGCUCAUCUGUCCGUCCGCGCCAGCCCGGUGGGCCAUGACCCCGCGCAGAGCGGGUCCCGCGCGAUGGUGCCUGGCGCUCCUGCUAUGCUGCAGCUGGGGGGUGCUGGUGGGGGUCUCCCCGAAGCCGGGCGGCGGGGGCGGCGGCGGGUGCCCCAGCCGCUGCCUGUGUUUCCGCACCACGGUGCGCUGCAUGCAUCUGAUGCUGGAGACCGUGCCCGCCGUGGCGCCGCAGACCUCCAUCCUGGAUCUUCGCUUUAACAGAAUUAGAGAGAUCCAACCUGGGGCAUUCAGACGACUGAGAAACUUGAAUACACUACUUCUCAACAAUAAUCAGAUCAAGAAGAUACCUAGUGGAUCAUUUGAAGACUUGGAAAAUUUAAAAUAUCUCUAUUUGUACAAGAAUGAAAUCCAGUCAAUUGACAGGCAAGCAUUUAAGGGACUUGCCUCUCUAGAGCAACUAUACCUGCACUUUAAUCAGAUAGAAACUCUGGACCCAGAAUCAUUUCAACAUCUGCCAAAGCUUGAAAGGCUAUUUUUACAUAACAACCGAAUUACACAUUUAGUUCCAGGGACUUUUAAUCAUUUGGAAUCCAUGAAAAGAUUGCGAUUGGACUCAAAUGCACUUCACUGUGACUGUGAAAUCCUGUGGUUGGCAGAUUUGCUGAAGACUUAUGCCCAGUCUGGUAAUGCCCAAGCAGCAGCUACCUGUGAAUAUCCUAGGAGAAUCCAAGGAAGAUCAGUGGCCACGAUCACCCCAGAAGAACUCAAUUGUGAAAGGCCAAGGAUUACGUCAGAGCCCCAGGAUGCAGAUGUGACCUCCGGGAAUACCGUAUACUUCACUUGUAGAGCCGAAGGCAAUCCCAAACCUGAAAUUAUUUGGCUUCGAAACAAUAAUGAGCUGAGCAUGAAAACAGAUUCCCGUUUAAAUUUGUUGGAUGAUGGAACUCUGAUGAUUCAAAACACUCAGGAGACCGAUGAGGGCAUUUACCAGUGCAUGGCGAAAAACGUGGCCGGAGAAGUGAAAACACAAGAGGUAACGCUCAGAUACUUUGGGUCUCCAGCUCGACCCACGUUCGUAAUACAGCCACAGAACACAGAAGUGUUGGUUGGGGAAAGUGUCACUUUGGAAUGCAGUGCUACAGGUCACCCUCAACCGCGCAUCAGCUGGACAAAAGGCGAUCGAACACCUUUACCGAUUGAUCCUCGAGUAAAUAUCACUCCAUCUGGUGGCCUUUAUAUACAAAACGUCAUACAGGAAGACAGUGGGGAGUACACCUGUUUUGCAUCCAACAGUAUCGAUAGCAUCCAUGCCACAGCUUAUAUCAUUGUACAAGCUCUUCCUCAGUUCACUGUGAUCCCUCAAGACAGAACUGUUAUCGAGGGCCAGACAGUUGAUUUCCAGUGUGAAGCAAAGGGCUAUCCACAGCCAGUCAUUGCGUGGACUAAAGGAGGGAGUCAGCUUUCUGUAGACAGACGGCACCUGGUGCUUUCGACGGGCAUGCUGAGGAUCUCCGGAGUGGCCCUUCAUGAUCAGGGCCAGUAUGAAUGCCAGGCUGUCAACAUCAUUGGCUCCCAGAGGGUUGUGGCACAUUUGACCGUGCAGCCGAGAGUUACCCCAGUGUUUGCCAGCAUUCCGAGUGAUAUGACAGUGGAAGUUGGCACCAAUGUCCAGAUUCCAUGCAGUUCCCAGGGCGAGCCUGAGCCAGUAAUAACAUGGAAUAAGGAUGGGGUUCAGGUAACAGAAAGUGGAAAAUUCCAUAUUAACCCCGAGGGAUUCUUGACCAUCAAUGACGUUGGACCCGCGGAUGCAGGACGCUAUGAGUGUGUGGCCCGGAACACCAUUGGCUCUGCCUCAGUUAGUAUGGUCCUGAGUGUCAAUGUUCCUGACGUCAGUCGAACUGGAGAUCCAUUUGUAGCCACAUCAAUUGUUGAAGCAAUCGCAACUGUUGACAGAGCUAUCAAUUCAACCCGCACACAUUUGUUUGACAGUCGUCCUCGCUCUCCGAAUGACUUGCUGGCCUUGUUCCGGUAUCCAAGAGAUCCUUACACUGUCGAACAAGCAAGAGCAGGAGAAAUAUUUGAAAGGACUUUGCAACUUAUUCAGGACCAUGUGCAGCAUGGCUUAAUGGUUGACUUAAAUGGAACAAGUUACCACUAUAAUGACCUUGUGUCCCCCCAGUACCUGAAUCUGAUCGCUAACCUCUCUGGCUGCACGGCCCACCGGCGAGUGAAUAACUGCUCAGAUAUGUGCUUUCACCAGAAAUACAGGACCCACGAUGGAACGUGCAACAAUCUGCAGCAUCCUAUGUGGGGGGCCUCUCUGACUGCUUUUGAACGCUUAUUGAAGUCUGUGUAUGAAAAUGGAUUCAACACCCCUCGAGGUAUUAAUCCAAACCGACUCUACAAUGGGUACGUGCUCCCUAUGCCCCGCUUGGUAUCGACGUCCCUAAUAGGGACGGAAACCAUCACCCCUGACGAGCAGUUCACCCACAUGACCAUGCAGUGGGGCCAGUUCCUCGACCACGACCUGGACUCCACGGUGGUGGCCCUGAGCCAGGCCCGCUUUUCCGACGGGCAGCACUGUAGUUCCGUCUGCAGUAACGAUCCUCCCUGCUUCUCGGUCAUGAUUCCGCCCAACGACCCCAGAGUCAGAAACGGUGCCCGCUGCAUGUUCUUUGUGCGAUCCAGCCCCGUCUGUGGCAGCGGCAUGACGUCCCUCCUCAUGAACUCCGUCUACCCCCGAGAACAGAUCAACCAGCUCACUUCGUAUAUAGAUGCGUCCAAUGUGUAUGGCAGCACGGAUCAUGAGGCACGAGAAAUCCGAGAUCUGGCCAGCCACCGGGGGCUUUUGAAACAGGGCAUCGUGCAGAGAUCUGGAAAGCCACUGCUUCCUUUUGCAACGGGGCCGCCGACUGAAUGCAUGAGAGAUGAAAAUGAAAGUCCAAUUCCUUGUUUCUUAGCCGGGGACCAUCGGGCCAAUGAGCAGCUGGGCCUGACCAGCAUGCACACGCUGUGGUUUAGGGAGCAUAACCGCAUCGCCACGGAGCUACUCAAGCUGAAUCCCCACUGGGAUGGAGACACCAUCUAUUACGAGACAAGGAAAAUCGUGGGUGCGGAGAUUCAGCACAUCACCUAUCAGCACUGGCUUCCUAAGAUCCUUGGGGAGGUGGGCAUGAAGAUGCUGGGGGAAUAUAAAGGCUACGACCCCGGCGUUAAUGCUGGAAUCUUCAAUGCCUUCGCGACGGCAGCUUUUAGGUUUGGCCACACGCUUGUCAAUCCAAUCCUCUACCGACUCGAUGAGCAUUUUAAGCCUAUUCCCCAAGGCCACAUACCUCUUCACAAAGCCUUUUUCUCUCCCUUCCGAAUCGUGAACGAGGGGGGCAUCGACCCGCUUCUCAGAGGCCUGUUUGGGGUUGCGGGGAAGAUGCGCGUGCCCUCCCAGCUGCUGAACACAGAGCUCACGGAGAGGCUCUUUUCCAUGGCCCACACGGUGGCCCUGGACCUGGCCGCCAUCAACAUCCAGAGAGGCCGGGACCACGGGAUCCCUCCCUAUCACGACUACCGGGUGUACUGUAACCUGUCGUCAGCGUACACGUUCGAAGAUCUGAAAAAUGAAAUCAAAAAUCCUGAAAUCCGAGAGAAGCUGAAAAGGUUGUAUGGCUCACCAUUAAACAUAGAUUUAUUUCCUGCCCUCAUGGUGGAAGAUUUGGUUCCUGGUAGCCGGCUUGGGCCCACGCUCAUGUGCCUGCUGAGCACACAGUUCAAACGCUUGCGAGAUGGGGACAGGUUAUGGUAUGAAAACCCUGGGGUGCUCUCCCCUGCUCAGUUAACACAAAUCAAGCAGACAUCCCUGGCCAGGAUACUGUGCGACAAUUCUGACAACAUCACCCGCGUACAAAAGGAUGUGUUCAGAGUGGCGGAGUUCCCACAUGGAUAUAGUAACUGUGAUGAAAUUCCUAAAGUUGAUUUAAGGAUGUGGCAGGAUUGCUGUGAAGACUGUAGGACUAGGGGACAGUUUAAUGCCUUUUCAUAUCAUUUCCGAGGCAAACGAUCACUUGAAUUCAGCUACCAGGAAGAUAAGCCCACAAAGAAAACAAGACCACAAAAAAUACUGAGUGUUGUAAAACACAACAAGUAUUUCAAUAACAUGACUUCAGCCUCCUAUGAACAUGCAAAGGUACCAGGGACAAAUGACUUCAAAGAAUUUGUUCUAGAAAUGCAAAAGACCAUCACAGACCUCAGAAAACAGAUAAAGAAACUUGAAUCUCGGCUCAGUAAAACUGAGUGCACUGAUGCAAACGGUAAAUCUCACAUAAACAAUGCAAAAUGGAAAAAGGAUCCAUGCACCAUUUGUGAAUGCAAAGACGGGCAGAUUACCUGUUUUGUGGAAUCUUGUCAGCCAGCAGAUUGCCCCACUCCCGUGAAAAUCAAAGGAGCAUGUUGUCCAGUCUGCUUAAAAAAAACCAUGGGAAAGAAGACUUAGGUUCUUUUAAAAAUUCCUAGGAGUUUCUCUGCUAAGUCAUCUUGAGAUCAGAUGGCCAAUACAGGUAACUGCAGACUGAAAGAAACAUCAAGAACUCAUGACAUUUCACGACAACAUUCAACUGGUGCUGUUACAGAAUAUAAGCGCAGGAUGCUUUUUACAGAGUGUUCACAAGGAAGGAAAUAAUAGUGCAGAUAUCGGGGAAAGGAAGUAGAUAAAUGUCCUAACUUCAUGUUAGAUUUCUCAGGUUUUUAUUUAAUAUUUUUUUUAAUAAAAAAAAAUUGGUGCUACUAUUAAAUUGCAUAGUUAAAUCAUUUAGGUUCCUAAAUUGAUUUCCACUGAUAACACCAUUUCUUUUUAAAGAAAGCAGGAUACCUCUGAAAGUUAGUUGAUACCAGAAGCUUACAAAUGUGCUCCCCGCAGAUGUGUGUGAAUAAUGGAGCCUCCAGAGAAGGAAGCACGCAGAAAUCUGGGUUACAUUUCAAGCCACAUUCGAAAAGAAAGUCCGUAUUUGGCAAACUGAACAGAAUCUUUUUUUAUGAGUGUUCACGGUGAAACAGAGUGAAAUAUAGAUUCCUGUCUCCCUGCAAAGCAACACUUGAUGCUAUUGCUUCUUCCCAGUUCUCUGUGUAACAUUUCACAGCUCCUCAGCCUUUAUCAUAAAACAAACAUCCCUUUGCUCACAGCAUAUGUAAAGCCCAUGACUCUUUGGUUCAGCUCCUUUCACACGUGAUUGUAACGAUUAUGAAGCCACGUUUAGAGAACAGGUCUGUUUUUAUUUAUAACUUGCAUACAUAUUGCCUAGUUGUGAACAGAAUGUGAAACUCCCCUUUAAAGCCAUUUUGUGUAUCUGCGGAUACCUACUGAAUGACUGUGUGCGUUGCCAAAACCAGCCCGCAGACAGCUGUUGCCGUGUUCAUACCUGCAAGGCUCUGUUCCUAACCAAUGAUACGGAAGAAUAACUCUUAGGUUGUUCUUCUGCUGGAAGGAAUUUGAUCGUUGGGAACUUUCUAACUUCAGGUUGUGUGAAUGCUUUACAAAAAAAUUAAAUAAUCCCUAUACCUCAUUUGUAUUUUUAAAAUGCAUUGUUUUAUGAAAUUUUGCCCAUUUUGUAGGUGUUAGAAAAUGGCAGAAAAAUCAUUUCCACUGUGCAAAAGUUCUUUUAGAAAUCCUUGAAAAGCAACUGUCGUACCUCAUGGUCUCUCUUUUUAAUUGACCAAAAACUCUAUUUUUUUUCUAACUACAAAGUGAUAUAUGUUCUAAGAAACAUUUUGUUGAACAUACAAGUGCAGUUCAGUAAAUUUAUUUGAGUGCCCACUAUGUGCCAGGUGCUUUGCUGGGUACAGAAAAUACAAAUGUGGAUGAAGCCGUCACUGUGCUCAUGCAAUUCCCAGUCCAGGUCGAGGAGGAAGGCGCAGGAGUAGCCAGAUGAUAUCAGUAUGAGGCAGAAGUUGGUGUACGGCUUGUAUACAGCAACGGUGAAGGCAGCGGGGCUUAGGAUGGGAGGUGUGGGAUAGAGGCAAGGAAGGAAGCCUUCCUGGAGAUUGAUUAUUUUUCUGUGAAAUUUUACAUACAUAAUUUUGGAAAGAAGCCCGGAACGUGUGGCAUGAUUUUGAGACAAUUAUCAGGGGGUGAGGAUGGAGGAAGUCCCUUAGCAAUGUCCGGCACAUAAUGGAAGAUACAAUCUGGUAUCACUUGCGUUUAAUACGUAGUCUGGUGUAAGCGUCCUUCCAAGAGACAACCAAAUGCCUUUGUGCACUGUGACUGUACCACAUCUGCCAGAAAUAUAUUUAACAUUCCAGUUGUAAGAGUAUAUACAGUGUAUGUACAUUGUUUUAUGUAUAAAAACAGUUAGCUUAACAUCGUGUCCUCGUAGUAUUACACAAUACAUAAAAUCUGGGUGGUGUUUCACAGGGCACAGGACUUGUUUUGAAAUAAUAAAGUCAAAUUCAGUAAUCAAAUUUUGGAACAGACUUCUGUACAGUAGGAAAUAUGUAACUUUUUCUAAAAAUUGGAUGGUUAUGUAAGUUGCUCAGGUAUAAAAAUGACAGCGGAUUAUAUAUUAGUCUUCUGGGAAUGCUUAGAUGUUUAACUCUGUGACUUGGAGGUGAAUUUGUAGCUCCAUUGCUGAGGCAGUGUGUAAGUGGUUCAAAGAUGUGGAAGGAACUGGGGCUUGGGCAGAUGUCAAAAUGAUUGUUCUCAGUGAACGGAGGGCGGGGGAGGAGCUGUCUGUGAUUUACAAUAAAAUUCUGUAAUCCCAAUUGAAAUGUCUGCAGAAUCACCAAUGUCAUUUUAUAGAUAUUAUGAAAACAAUGGGCAGUGCCUGAAUGAACUUUUUUUUUAGUAGCCACUGUAAGGAGAUUGCUGUAAUAUGAAGCAAAGUGUACAUAUUUAUUUACUUUUCUAACUAUUGCCAACAGCCAAAUGCCUUUUUAAUGUUCAUUGUAAUCAGUACAUUACCAAAGAAGUGUUUGCACUGUGUAAUGCCGCCUUUCAGUUAAAAUAAA